UGAAAGAAUAAAACUAUGGUGAUGGAUUAGGUUAUGUUAUAUGACUUUGCUUUGAACUUAGAAAAUUUCUCUUUGCGGUGGCCUCUGAUCAAACUACCCAAAUUCCAAUUUCCAAUUUUCAAUCCCUCAAUACCGCCAUGGCCUCGUCCUCAGAUCCUUCAAACCAAGAAACUGUUUUGAGAAGGAAGAACAACGGACCCCCAAUUAAGUUCCUCAUUCCUCUCAUAUAUGCUCCCGUACUCCCUCUUAUUCGUCUAACGCUGCGGCAUAAACCCGUCUUGAGAGAUCGCUUGUUUACAGCUGUGUUGGCUGGAGGUUUUGCUCAUGGUUUCUAUUUGAUGUAUCCUUUUCUUGAUCUUAGUGGUCCUGCUACAAUGGUGAGGUACUUGUUGGUUAAACAACACACUGAUUGAACUCAAGCUAUGUUUGGAUUGAGACAUUAGAAAUAAGGGAUAAAUUGGAUUUAGUUUUUUAUUUUCAAGUGACUUAAGAUAUUCUUUUUUUCAUCACUACAUUUAAGGUAUAAAGUGUAAAGUCAAGGCCAUAAUUUUGAUUGAUAGUUUUAAAACUAUACAAAAUUAAAUACAAGCUAAACAGAUCGAUUUUCUGAAUUGAAGUUUAUAAUAAAGGUAGGAGACAAUUGAGGGUGAGGAUUUGAUGAUAGUAGACUUUUCGUGAUGGAGUUGAUGUGGUUGUGGUAAUAAUAACGACUGAUAUAAUGACAGUGGUGAUAAGAAUAAUGUGUUAACCACGGAAAUGACUAUGGUUGAUUACUGUUGUGAUCAUGGGUGACAAUGUUAAGGGGGUGGGAAUGGUGUUGAAAGACCAAUGAGGUUGGAGUAGUGGGCAUGAUGGUGCUCAUUGGCCAGUUAUGGUAAGUCGUGUUUAUAGCUGUGACGACAUUUAAUUUGUAAUAGUGAUGAUGAGGGUAAUUGUUUGUUACAUGUCUAUAUGAGGAGAUAAGAGUUGAAUGAUUUAAUUUUUGUAACUUAAAGCCAAAAUUCUUGUGGUUUUUUGAUAACCAUUUCAGGUAAAAGUAUUUUAAAAUUGAGUUAAAAACUAUUUCAAUUUUAUUUUGUUUUGAAAUUUACAUGUAAAAACAAAAGAACUGGAAAUUGGUAAUUAUCUCAAAGAUGUCAUAAUUCUUUUGACCCUCCAGACAUCCUCAACCAAAACAGAAGUGGUUACAGUUUUGCUGGCCCUUCCUUUUAUUGGGCCUUCUAGUUUUCGACAAUUGCUUCCUGCAUGUUCAUGUCUUCUUUCUACACCAUUGCUAUGAAAAAUGCAAAAUAUCGAAUUUUUCUUGGAUCAGAAGUUUAUUUUCUUGGAUCAGGAGUGUACAGAGUGAAGCUUUUGGACAAAAACAUGCACUAUAAUUAGAAGUAUGCAUGUUCAAAAGGUGCCAUAUUCAAGUAUGCAUGCUCACAAUAGUGCCAUAGCCAAUGCUGCACCUAGAAAGAUGAACAAAAAUGACAAGAGAUAUAAAUUACAAAAGGUAAAAUGGAUAUUUGAAAAGAACUGGAUUAUAAGGAAAAUAAGGUGGUGUAGAUAGUAAAUGGCUCCACCACUUUGUAUGUUUCUGCUUGCACUGCAAACAAUGUUCGAUGAAGCAGCCCCUAAAUUUUGAUAAUGCAUAUGAAAAACGAUUUCUUUUCUUGUAUGAGUCUCUGUCUAAGUUUUCGUCCCACACUGGUCCUGCUUUUUCUUUUGCCUUUUUUUGACGCCAAUACAAGUUGUUAUCGUGACAUUUUGCCAGUUUGUGUUUUUCAUCAUUCGUUUCUUGUUUUGUUUUUUUCGUUUCCCCCCUUUUUUGCAGUCAGCAUUUUUUUUCUGGGCAACCGCAAAUUGAAUUGUAAAAAGAACAUCUUCUCAAACACCUUCCCCCGCCCUGCAAUUUGUUAGAUCAUUGAAAUGAAUGCUAUGAAAGCAAGUGGAAAUAUUCCUUAAAGAUCCCGUUGGCAUUUUGCCUCUACAGUAAAUCCAAAUUAAUUUGUUUUAUUAAUCCCACUAACAUGAGAAUAUUCUUAGCAGACAGAGACGCCCGGAGACAGUGCCUGAGUAUAUUCCCUGGACGGAUGCUGAAGGCAGCAUUUUCCUAAAAUUAAAUCUAUUUAUUUUCUCAAAGAUUCCACACCUAUUAAAUCUACGUGCACCUUCACUAACUGCGUUGUGCCCAACUACUCAAUUAACUAAUAAUUUAUUUCUUAUCAACGUUCCUUAACUAGUUACCAUUGU